AUAGUAUCAUGGUAGCCCCCAUGACACAGAUUGCGACGUCUGACGGUCUGUAAGUCGGUGAGAAGGUAGCCGAUAGAAUGGUAGUUUUACCAAGUUAAGCAAAAAAACGGAGAAUGUCUAAACGCUCCAUUGUAAAUGAUCUUUACAAGUCCAGAAAACGAGUUUGUACUGCACCCAGCUCUGCUAUCAAUGAAACUUCAGAAUUUAAUGAUGGUUUGAAUGGAACAUCUUUCUCUGCCGCAGAGAUCCCCUCUGAUACGAAGGUCUCUCUCCUCCACUUGAAAGAGUUGUUUCCCUUGGAGCGGUUUGAGGGGAGACUGCCUGUGGUUAUUGUGAAGCAUCAGCUGUACAGUCUGAUCAAUGACCGCACAGCCGUCGACAAGGAAUUAAAUACUCUUAAAUUAGCCAAUGAAAUAAAAUUAUUCAAACUGGGAGCUGAGUUGGAUGACUACUGUAUUGUGUUCACCAAGGAAUACCAGGAUCAUGUGAUUAAAGUGAUGAGUGAACUCUCCAUAAGUAAAAACAUCUGUAAUAAGUUUGUGAAUACUGUGAUAAAGAAAUACACUGAUGUCUGCAUCAACAAAGAUACUCUGAUGAAUGAAUUCAACUUCACCGACUCAGAAAUUACGCAGCUUGUGAAAGCAUCCGUCCUGACCGUCCGAGAUGUUGGCAACUGGUGGGUGGCCCUCCCUAAUGCUGGAAUCUUCAUGAAGUGUUUCUUGAGGGGAAGAAAGGCUAUUCUCACUAUGAUCAGGAAAUGUAAAUACCGGGAGAUCCUCCAGUCAGAAUUGGAGCAGAGAAAGUGGCCAAAAGUAUGCAAACUUGGACUUCAAUAUCACAUGCAUGAAGUGAUAGGUGCGGAUCUCAUAAAAUGCAUUCAAACAACCUCAGGACUGUUGCUUCGAUUGAAAGAUUCCUAAUUGUUGGGUGAUUCCAUAGUGAAUACUCUACAGGAAAGGCUCAUUAAGCAGCCAGAUCUGCAGGAUUUUGCAUAUUCUGAACAUUAUCUACAUCAACAUCUCAUUCGUGCUGAGUCUGUUGGAUAAUUCUAUAGGAAUUACCAGUCCAAAUUUUGGUGCCAUUGCAUUCUUUGGUCUUAUAAAUGUAUAUAUUUUAAAAAUACAAUUGUUUUGUGAUUAAUUUUCUGUCUCUUGAUCUGUUAUUUCAUGCAUACAGUAUAUUGAGUUUUAAUUAUGCAAGUGUAUGUUGGAGUCAAUGAAAUAAUUAAUUUCUAAUUGUUGACUGAUAUUCUAUAAGGCUGAUCAUAACUUUGAAAGAUACGGUUGGCAUCUCUCUUUGUUGAUACUGAUCAAAAGAUUGUUUUUAUUGCAGUUAAAAAAAUCAAAUAUAUUUUAUCUAUCAAAACAUAAAUCCACCCUCAAAAAAGUUUGAUGGAAAAACUUUGAUAUUUGCACCCAUUGUCUUUCUGUGAUAUUGUCUUGUUAUUUAUUUUAAUGUGCAACAAUUUUUAAAUGAAGAGACUUAAUUGUGUAUUAUUACACAUAGACUGAUAAUGGAUUUUUUUUUUUUAAUUAUUUGAGAUGCUGUGUGUUAUUAAGGGAUAUUGUUUGUUUGUCAUUAUCCACUGUUUGAGUGUGCAUGUACAUGUAUGUAUUUAUUUGUUUGGGUUUAUUCUGGGUUUUUUCUUUGGUACAUGGUUAAGAAAUAUUGAAAAUAAUUGAAUACAUGUAUGUAACUGUACCUGACACACCCCUCUGUACCCAUUAGAAAAAAAUGUAAAAACAUAUGUUUAAGUUGUUGAAACUUAAAGUGUUUAGUGAGUAAUUUACAUACGAAAUACAUGUGCUUUGCCUUUUGUACUCCGUGAGCAUUCAAGGGGUGGUUUCAUGAGUUUUGAUCUUUGAAUUUUUUUUAUUUAGUCUACCUCAUAUAUCUGUUCAGUACACUCCCACAAUACAGGGACAGUAUCAAAAUUACUGAUAUUACAAUACAUGUAUUUCUGCUUGCUCACUGGUGCAGAAUUGUGGGUCUUCCUUAUUCACUCUCAGGUAAACAUAGACUCCUUACCUCAUUAGUUUUAGAAAUCUUUCAGUAAUGUUACAUAAUAUGAUUGUGCAAACAUAUUAUGUUGUUCUGCUUAGAUUGAUAUUAUUUAUUAUUAAAACUAUUCACGUUAUUAGGAAUGUGGGAGAUAUGUAAUAAGUUAAACAUCUGUUCCUUCGGUGCAUUGUCCGAUUAUAGAUAUAUAAAAUUGUAUACUUAUUAUGAUAUACGAGUACAUGUGUAUGUUUACAUGUUGGGAAUUUUAAUUGUAAAAUCAGUUUAGUUUUUAUGAUGCAUCAAUCCACUCAAUUGACUGUUUGUUGUGUGUAUUAGAAGAGAGUUGUAUUAGAAGAGAGUUAAUAUUGUCAAAAGAAAAAGGGAGACAUGCAGAUUGUCUUUCUUGAACUGCAGGGUAAUAAAAUUCUGAUGUUAAAGAUUACAACAUUCAUAAUAAAACUGAGAUGUAUAAAUGUACCUGAAAGUAUUGAUUUGUUUUGCAACAUUUACAGUAUUACCUGGGUAGUUGGGAUUUUUAAAAUUCAUUAAAAGCUGCUUGGUCUGAUUUAUAUCAAAUUUUGUGAACGCUUUUAAAUGAUGGUUAUGAAAGUAUAUGUAUACUAAAAGACAUAACAGUAGUUUUCCCGGUCAAUUAAGCUAUAUAUUAAUGAAAAAAAAUUGUUUAUAAAAGAAACGACACUUGUAAAGGUUUGGCCAUAUUUCUUGUUAAUGAAAUUGUAUUUCUUGUUAUGUUAAUGAUACCCAAAUUAAAAGUUCUUCUUUAAUAAUGAAAAAAUAUUUUUGAUAAAGAAAUAAUUCAUUAUUGCUUCACACUGUAAAAUGAAGCAUAAUAAGAGAGCCAUGAUUAAAGUGUGCUCUAAAGAAUAUCCCUUUUGAUUGGAGGUACAUGUAGAAACGGGUUUUUUUUUUCAACUUUAUUUUGUAUGUUAAUUUGUAUCAAUUGAUCCCUUGCCUUAUCAUUGGGAUUUAUAAUUAAUACAAGAUGAAUGCAAUAUGAAAUAUAUGCUAUCAACAAGUUUAGGAUGAUUUUAUUUUAAUAUUUAUUUUGUUGUUGCAACAGUCCAAGUUUAAAUAAAGUGUGUUAACAGUU